AUGUUCCUGGAAAUGCUGAACCCCAUGCACUAUAAUGUCACCAACAUGGUCCCCGAAGCUAUGCCAGUCAGUGCCAUGCCACUCCUGCUGAUCAUGGGCCUCCUCCUCCUGAUUUGGAAUUGUGAGAAUGCAUCUUCAAUACCAGGUCCUGGCUACUGUCUGGGAAUUGGACCCCUCAUCUCCCAUGGCAGAUUCUUGUGGAUGGGGAUUGGAAGUGCCUGCAAUUACUAUAAUAAAAUGUACGGAGAGUUCAUGAGAGUCUGGAUCAGCGGAGAGGAAACACUCAUUAUCAGCAAGUCCUCAAGUAUGUUCCAUGUCAUGAAGCACAGUAACUACAUCUCCAGAUUUGGCAGCAAACGUGGACUGCAGUGCAUUGGAAUGCAUGAGAAUGGCAUCAUAUUUAACAAUAAUCCUGACCUUUGGAAAACAGUUCGCCCUUUCUUCAUGAAAGCUCUGACCGGCCCCGGCCUCGUCCGAAUGGUGGAAGUGUGUGCGGACUCCAUCAAGCAGCAUUUGGACAGGCUGGACGAAGUCACCAACAACUCAGGCUGCGUGGAUGUGUUGACCCUCAUGCGGCACAUCAUGCUGGACACCUCUAACAUGCUCUUCCUGGGGAUCCCCCUGGAUGAAAGUGCCAUUGUGAAAAAAAUCCAGGGUUAUUUUAAUGCAUGGCAAGCUCUCCUCAUCAAACCAAACAUCUUCUUUAAGAUUUCUUGGCUCUACAGAAAGUAUGAAAGAUCCGUCAAGGACUUGAAAGAUGAGAUAGACAUUUUGGUGGAAGAAAAAAGAAACAAGGUCUCCACAGCGGAGAAACUGGAAGACUGUAUGGAUUUCGCAACCGAUUUGAUUUUUGCUGAGAGACGUGGAGACCUGACCAAAGAGAAUGUGAACCAGUGUAUACUGGAGAUGCUGAUCGCGGCGCCCGACACCAUGUCUAUUACCCUGUACUUCAUGUUCCUCCUCAUCGCGGAGUACCCUGAGGUCGAAAAGGCGAUAUUGAAGGAAAUACACACUGUCGUUGGUGACAGAGACAUAAGGAUUGAGGAUAUCCAAAAUUUAAAAGUGGUAGAAAACUUCAUUAAUGAAAGCUUGCGGUACCAGCCUGUUGUGGACUUGGUCAUGCGUCGAGCCCUGGAAGAUGAUGUGAUUGAUGGCUAUCCAGUCAAAAAGGGAACAAACAUCAUUCUGAAUAUCGGAAGAAUGCACAGACUCGAGUAUUUCCCCAAGCCCAAUGAAUUCACCUUAGAAAACUUUGAGAAAAAUGUUCCCUACAGGUAUUUUCAGCCAUUUGGCUUUGGGCCCCGCAGCUGUGCUGGGAAGUACAUCGCCAUGGUAAUGAUGAAAGUCGUCCUGGUUACAGUUUUUAAGCGAUUCCGUGUGAAGACAUUGCAAAAAAGAUGUAUUGAAAACAUACCGAAAAAAAAUAAUUUGUCCUUGCACCCAGAUGAGGACAGCCAGCACCUCGUGGAAAUAAUUUUCACCCCAAGGAAUUCAGACAAGUACUUCAAGCAGUAA